AUGUUUGCGCGACAAGCUUUCCGUCCGGCCAGGACGCUGCAGCAGCACGUCCGUCGCUACGCAUCCGAAGCCCCAAAGAGCAGCGGUGGUAAUGGUGUCCUCUAUGCUGGAAUCGGUGGAGCUGCUCUUACUGGUGGAUAUUUCUACCUUCGAGGAAACGGUAGCCCAGCACAAGACGCAAAGAAAGCCUUGGGCCAGGCUACGGAAGCAAAGAAGGCAUUCACAGGCGGCGACCAGGGCUUUGUUUCGCUACUCCUGGAGAAGUCUGAGAUCAUCAACCACAAUACCAAGCUCCUGACAUUCAAGCUGCCUGAGGAUGAUAUGGAGAGCGGUCUGUCUGUCGCAUCUGCGGUUAUCACCAAGUACAAGGGCCCGAAUAUGGAGAAGGCAGUCAUCCGACCCUAUACCCCCACCAGCGAUGUUGACCAGAAGGGCACUGUCGACUUCAUUGUCAAGAAGUACCCCAAUGGGCCGAUGUCGAGCCAUCUUCACGACUUGGAGCCUGGCCAGCGUCUUGAUAUCAAGGGCCCUAUCCCUAAGUAUCAGUGGUCAGCGAAUAAACAUGAACAUGUCGCUAUGAUCGCAGGUGGAACUGGCAUCACUCCCAUGUGGCAAGUCGCAAACGCCAUCUUCAAGAACCCCGAGGACAAGACCAAAGUGACUUUGAUCUUUGGAAAUGUCACAGAGCAGGACAUCUUGUUGAAGAAGGAAUGGGAACGUCUUGAGAACACCUACCCCCAGCGAUUCAGGGCUUUCUACGUCUUGGAUAACCCUCCCGAGUCGUGGCAGGGCGGAAAGGGCUUCGUCACCAAGGAGCUUCUGAAGACUGUUCUCCCCGAGCCAAAGGAGGGUGAUAAGGUCAAGAUCUUCGUGUGCGGUCCCCCAGGUCUCUACAAGGCCAUCAGCGGUGGCAAGAAGAGCCCACAAGAUCAGGGAGAGCUCGAUGGUUACCUGAAGGAGCUUGGCUACAGCAAGGACCAAGUUUACAAGUUUUAG